AUGUCCGAAGCGUCACUUCCUGUAGCGGCGACCAGAGGCCGACAACAUCAGACGUUCAUUAAGGGCUCCAUCUUCAACAGAGACCAGGACAGCCUCGUCGCGAACUGCAACGACGCAAACGAUGAGUUCAAUCAGAAUUACCUAGGUGGAAGCUGGGCCUUUCCAGUCGCUCAAUGCCCCGCCUUUGAAGUGAAGCCGGGGCUUGAUGUGCCAGACCAAUGGUCUAAUGAUGGCUCCCAAUGCUCACCAGUAUUAUCUCUUGAAGAUCCGCAACCGAUGAAGAUUAUGUAUCCGAAUGCCCUACAGCUGGAUAGCAUCCACAGUAGUGAUGCUUGCGGUUUCUUUCAACCUGUUGCCGUUCCGCCGGGCUACCAGUCACAGUUUGUUGAUCAAAUCUCAGGACACCAGAAUAAUUAUAUAUCACAUAUACCACCAUAUAUUCAGGCAACUCCUCCAAACUGCGAACACCUUCUUGGAAUGUUUCAACCUGCGCCGCAUUAUAGCUUGGUGUUAAAUCAACAGGCGGAUCCGAUGUGGUUGAACUCUACUUAUAUGAGUCAAAAACCGAUUAAUACCAUAAUAAAUAACGCUUCUACAACCGUCCAAAGCGCUCGUUCUCCUCUAAAGCUUUACUGGCCAAGUGAAAGGAACGAAAUUCCAGUCUCGGCGCCAAAAAGAAAGCGAACUAGCCCGGAACCCUCAAACAAAAGAAGCCAUGCAGCAAAGCCAGAGAAGCCUCUGUCUGAAUUUGUUGUUGUCUUUGAGAACUCUCCGGGUGCUUUGUUAGGCGUCAAACAUCGGCGGAAGCUAGAUGAUCCCGUCAGAAAAGCUGCGAGAGAUGUUCGCAAAGCCGGUGCUUGCCAUCAGUGUAGAUUUAGGAAACGAACUUGCUCAACUGGUUCUCCAUGUAUAUCUUGUCUGAAGAAUGGAAACGGGUUGCAUGAAGUAAAGUGCCAACGAGAAAGUCCUUUUGUUGGAAAGCUCAUGCAUCAAUAUUUCAUGUCUUCUUCGACGAAACGGGUUCUUUCCUUCAAAAUAAAAUAUACGCAAACUUCUCAAUCUAGUUAUAAUGGAGAAAAUGUCACAAUUGAUGGCAUAGGAAGAACAUCUCAUCCAAUAAAAUUGCGAGUCCGGAGAACUCCUCUGAACGGCUUACCUGCUGAGGAACAGGAGACCAUCAAACGUGUGAUGAGUGUCAAAAAUAUUCCGCCAGUUUCAGAUGACUUUGAAUUUAUUCUCCUCGAAGACGAUAAUAAAUGUGGAAAGGAAGUGGAGCAGUGGGCUAUGGAGUAUACCUCAAAGUUCGUCCAUGCUGCAGGACCGGAGUUCCAUUCCACGACGAUAGCGCAAAUACUUGGAACGGCAUAUGUAAAAAAGAAUUUACCAGAGUCUCAAUUGGUCUCGGUAAUGUUAAGAGUUUCGUCGUUGGCGUUUGUUCUCCGCGCUGGUGUGAGAUGUUCAAAUUCUGAUAUAAGCCGCCCUGGGUAUUAUACCGUGCAAGCAAGUAUCGACACGAUCUUAUAUGAACGGCUUCAACUGGCUGAAAAGGAGUUAUUCCAGAUGCUCCAAAGACUGAUAUUUCGAACCGCCGGAUGUCUUACGCGUGGACAAAUUUUCCCUGUUGCACUGGUUCUUUGGCAGCUGAUGCGAUUCUUGUCAUUGAGUUCGAGCCACCUUUCUAACAUUGUCCAGAAGUUUCGACCGCAAGCACAAUCCCAAGCUGACUAUCAGUUCAUUGGGCUUCGCCUACUCCUCUCGACUCACAUGGCACUUUUCCGCUCCAGUAACCCUCUACUUCUUGAUAUCAACGACAAACAUAACAGAGAUCUCAUUGGAGGUGACGAUGAAUUGGCAAAUCUUUGCGCAAAGAUGCGAAACGUCGUUUUGAAUUUCCGAGAGAAAGGUGCACCAGAGAUGAAGGGUAGCAUUGCCUAUAAGAAAGAAUACUUCGACCUUUUCCGAAAAGUAUACACGGGCUUAUGA